ACCUGGGCCUGUUCAGCACGAAGACUCUGGUGGAGGCCAGUGGGGAGCACGCCGUGGAGGUCCGCACCCAGGUGCAGCAGCCCUCGGACGAGAACUGGGACCUGUCGGGCACCCGCCAGGUGUGGCCGUGCGAGAGCAGCCGCUCGCACACCACCAUCGCCAAGUACGCCCAGUACCAGGCCUCCUCCUUCCAGGAGUCGCUGCAGGAGGAAAAGGAAAGUGACGAGGAUGACACCGAAGAACCCGACAGCACCACGGAGACGCCCCCCAGCAGCAACGCGGACCAGAAAUCCCACCAGAUCAUCAAAUUCGGGACCAACAUCGACCUGUCUGACGCCAAGCGGUGGAAGCCUCAGCUGCAGGAGCUGCUGAAGCUACCGGCCUUCAUGCGGGUCACGUCGACGGGCAACAUGUUGAGUCACGUGGGUCACACCAUCCUGGGCAUGAACACGGUGCAGCUCUACAUGAAAGUGCCAGGCAGCCGGACACCAGGCCACCAGGAGAACAACAACUUCUGCUCCGUGAACAUCAACAUCGGGCCAGGCGACUGCGAGUGGUUCGCGGUGCACGAGCAUUACUGGGAGACCAUCAGCGCCUUCUGCGACAGGCACGGCGUGGACUACUUGACGGGCUCCUGGUGGCCCAUCCUGGAGGACCUGUACAAGUCGAACAUCCCCGUGUACCGGUUCAUCCAGCGCCCCGGGGACCUGGUGUGGAUUAAUGCAGGCACCGUGCACUGGGUGCAGGCCACGGGCUGGUGUAACAACAUCGCCUGGAACGUCGGGCCCCUCACAGCCUAUCAAUACCAGCUGGCCCUGGAGCGCUACGAGUGGAACGAGGUGAAGAACGUGAAAUCCAUUGUGCCCAUGAUCCACGUCUCGUGGAACGUCGCCCGGACGGUCAAGAUCAGCGACCCCGACCUCUACAAGAUGAUCAAGUAUUGCCUCAUGCAGUCCAUCAAGCACUGCCAGGUGCUGCGGGAGACCCUGGUGCGUUCGGGGAAGAAGAUCGCCUACCAGGGCCGGGUGAAAGACGAGCCGGCGUACUAUUGCAACGAGUGUGACGUGGAGGUGUUCAAUAUCCUGUUCGUGACGAGCGAGAAUGGCAGCAAGAACACGUAUCUGGUGCACUGCGAGGACUGCGCCCGCCAGCGCAGCACCGCACUGCACGGCGUGGUGGUGUUGGAGCAGUACAAGACGGAGGAGCUGAUGCAGAUCUACGACAGCUUCACCCUGGCUGGAUCCCCCAGCUCCAGAUGAGCCAGACCUCGCCCAGGUACUUCCUGGGCAGAGACAGGAAUCAGCUCCCCCUUCCCCGGUGUGCCCUGCCCCACUGGGGAAAGGAGGGGACAUCUCGCACUGCCCGUCCCAGUGGCCAAUCGCAGACAAGCUCUUGUUUACACCGGAACCGCUCCGGCCCAAUCAGCUUUGCUGUUGAAACGAGGGGGAGGGGGCGGAGCCCCAGAAGCAGCCAAUCUCCUGCGUGAUCCGAGGAGCCAAUCCGCAAGCAGCCUGUGAAUACAGAAACUCAAACAAAUGAACUUUUUAAUUUAUUCUUGAAAAUGACCUUUGGGGGGGAUGGGGAAACUUUUUAAAAAAAAUAUUUUUUUUUUUUUUUUUUUUUGGAAAAUAAUAAAAACCACAAAAAAAAAGAAGAAGAGAAAAUCCCGCCCAGGAAACAGGAAAAGGACAAACGUGGAUCCUGGGCAGCUCGGCGGGGCUGGCGGAGCCCUCCGGGCGGUUCCCUGACAGACACACGCCGGCCUUCAACUGGGGACAGGAGAUCGGCCGCACGCAGGAGAACACGGACUGGAGCUCAGCCAGAAUCUCUUGGAGCAUUAACUCGUUCGUUUUGCAGAAGCGGGGCGGGUGGCGGGGUGGGGGGCCAAGAAACCGGCAGCAGCGGGGAAAGGGGGUUGGGUUGUUUUUUUUUUUUUUUUUUUGUCGUCUUUUUACAUUUUUCUUGUCAGCAAAUUAAGCAAAAAAAAAAAACAACCAACAAAAAAACACAACCAACCACCAACAAAAAAAAAUACGGGUUUUUUAUGCAGGAAUUUCCCUUUGUUUCCUCUUUGUGCGUUUGUGGCCGUGGGAGAUUGUACAUUGGUUUAUAUAUAUAUUGGCGCGGGGCGGGCGGUUUGCGUGGGUGUGCGUGGUUUGAUACUCACUCUUCUUUGCUUUCUGGUAUCCUGGCCGCUUGGUUUGGGAGUCUUUUUAUUCGAUGUGUUCCUGGCUUGCUUUUUUUUUCUCUUCUGAACUCAUGUGAAGGAGCCAAUUCCCGCCGGCUUGGGUCUCCGAUUGUGCGAACGAUGGUGCAAAGGGGGAGCGAGGAACCGUGCUCGGAUUCCAGCCCCGUGCGCAGGACUUCGCGGGAACCCUGCGCCCGGGAGCUGCCUUCCCCUGGGUUAAGCGUUUCGUACAAUCGCAGCCGUGAUUUACACUUCUCUCAGGUCACCCACAGAAACUGAGCCAGGACGGCAGGACAGAAAUCUGCCUUAACUCCCCCCGCCGGCCAGGUUUCGCCUCUCCACUUCUCACUUGUUUUGAAACCAGAAACACGUCGGGUGCUUCUUCUUUUUUGUUUUUUUUUACCUCCAGGCCUCAGAUUUUUGCAAUUUGUAAAUUGUCCUCUGUUGUUGUGUAUUUUUUUUUUAUUUAUACAUCAUUUUUGUAAUGAUUUCUCUAUUUAUUGGUUGCUAUUGAGGGGUUGAUUUGAGCAUUCGGGGGUUGGUUUUUAAAUGUCCUUUUUUUUUUUUUUUUUUUUAAUCGUGUGUAUUUGUCUCUCGCUGGAAUUUUUUCGUUCGGUUUUUUUUGUUUUUUAAUGUUAAGCUCGGCCCGUCCCCGGCAUUGUGAGACGGGGUUUUUUGUUCAGUCUUUUGCCUCUUUUCAUGGUGCUGAAUUCCAUAAUCACUGUGCGAUCGGGACUUCUGUUCAUUUCCUUUUGAGGAAUCUUGUCCCUUUUCCCCUCCCCUUGUAGAAAAUCCCCCCUCCUAUCCCAGCAUCUCGCCAACACACUGAACGAAACAAGCGGAAGUCUGGGUCCUCCUGGAUUAUACUGUACUGUAAGGCGACAAAGGAAAAAAAAAUCUUAUUUUGUAAAUGUAAAAAAGAUUAAAUUAACUCACAGAGAUACAGAAAA